AUGCUCGCCCACGCAGCACGGCGCAAAGUACGACGCGACGCAUUCCAACACCUAACGCCAUCCUUCGAGCAACUACGUCUCCCCUGGCUAUGUCCGGCGUUUCUGGCAUCGAGGAGGAGCACGGCGACGGCGGCGGCAAACGGAUCGUCUGCUGAGCCAAGGAGACAUAAGACGAGUAGACCAGCGGUUCAAAGGACAGCCACGCGCUCACUGGCCACCGCGGCCGACUUUGUGCAUUCGCCACAGGACUCUAUACCAUUCGAAGGUGUCCAUCUCCUGAAUCAAAGCCAACCAUGGAGCACAAGCCGAGCCACGCCCAGCUUGUCCGACCUCAGAGCAUGGACUUCUUCCGACAUCGUUGUCUUCCAAUCCACCGCGACGGUCUCGCCACCCACCAUAAUGACAAGACUAGGCAUUGGGGGAGAUCCGACGGAGCUCUACCAGAAUCUAUAUGCCUCUUUACGCGUUGGGCGGAUAGAACGGGCGGCGGCGCUGGUCCGACGAUUAGCGGAUAUCUACACACCACAUGCUAUAGAACUGCUCGAAGCGCACAACCUUUUUCUCGAAGGCAUGGCAGAGGCGGCAGAACACCAGCGGCCUGGAGCGAGCCUACAAGCUAUGCAGAAAUGGUUCGAAGUCGAGAUGAGGGCUAAGGAUGUCACUCCAGAUGCAAGGACAUACGUUACGAUGAUUCGGGCCACCGUGGCUCACAUGGAAGGAUCAAAACAAGCAAGGACACUGCGGAGAUAUAUGCAUCUUGCUGAGCAAUCCGAUGAGCAAGUCUAUGCCGAUACAAUGAACUCGGAGGAAUACACGAAAAAGGAGUUUGCUGCUAUAUGCAACGCCCAGCCAGAUCGGUUCUACGGACCGCCGCCUGAACCGGUGGGUGAUUCCAACAGUGCGAUUCCCGACAUCCGUCCUGUUCAUCAGAAAGGCUUAGGGCUGCAGACCCUGAAGAAAGCUUUGUCGAUAUUCGAUCCCAGCCAUGAGCUGAAUAGCCCGAACGCUCAGUCGAAAGAGUAUGGUAUGUCGUUAGCUCAUGCGAGGCAAUCGCGGAUGGAGGAGGAUGUUGUGGACGCUGCAAUUGACAGAUGGCGAGCGGAGAACGAGAACCUGAAAAAGCUUGGUAUCAGCUCUGCCCUCAAAUCGAAGCCCUUGGAAGCACUCAUGUGGCAGUGGUAUACCGAACUGCUGCCUCUACUGAAGGAGGAGAUAAAAACGAUACGGCAAGCCCUGGACAAUCCGAAGGAACACUCACAAAGCGACCAGCUGCGCUACGGACCAUUUCUCGAGCCUUUCACUGCCGAGAAGCUGGCAGCUCAGUCGAUCAUUGUACUUGUCAGUUCGCACGGCUCUGCCGACGGCGUGCUUGGAUGCAGGCUCGGUCCGCUUGCUAUGAAGUUGGCUUCUGAGCUGGAAACAGAUAGCACCAUCGAACUCCACAAGAGACAAGCCAAAGCUUCCGGCCGGAAGCACCUAUCGCAGGAGCGGCUGCAAGCCCUCGCCAAGAUGUCCAGAGGGCCGCUCCGACUGCGACCCUCGAUGGCUACUCCGAUGGCUACUCCUAAGCCUGACGAGGCCACGCAAGUAAAGCAUAUGCAGCGUCUGGAAUGGCCAGCAGUUGUGAAAGCCAAAGUCGGCGCUAUGUUGAUAUCCAAAGUCAUCGAAGUCUGCAGAAUGCCCGUCACUCGCACGGACGCAAAGACUGGGAAGACGGUUACGGUGCAAGAACCGGCCUUUUCACAUACAGUCCUUUUCGAGAAAGGCCGAAGAGUUGGUCACAUAGAGGCUCAUGAGGAGCUUGCCAAAAAGAUCAAGACGGAGCCUCCACGUGGGGCACUCGGUGCACGACUCCCAAUGGUUGUUGAGCCCAAACCGUGGACCGGGUAUAGAGAGGGAGGUUUUCUACGAUAUCCUACGCCCGUCGUGCGACAACGUGGGCAAGAUGAUAUCCAGAAGGUCUAUGCAGUAGCCGCCGCUGAAAAGGGGGAUCUAGAUCAGGUCUUCGCUGGCCUGAAUGUGCUAGGCAGGACUCCUUGGCGUAUCAACAGCAAAGUUCUCGAUGUCAUGGCGGAUGCCUGGAAUACUGGUGAAGCAAUCGGGGAACUAGCGCCCGAGAACCCGGACAUUCCGUAUCCGCCCGAGCCGAAGGAGGACGCGGACCCAAUGGAGCGCAGGUGGUGGCUUAAGAGAAUCAAGGAGAUCGACAACACGAAGAGCGGCUAUCAUUCGCAGCGAUGCUACCAGAACUUCCAACUAGAGAUUGCUCGCGCUCUCCGGGAUGAGGUGUUCUACUUCCCACACAAUCUCGACUUCCGUGGAAGGGCUUACCCGCUGCCGCCGCUCUUCAACCACAUGGGUGCCGAUCCUGCGAGAGGGCUGUUGGUAUUCGGCACGGGUAAAGAGCUGGGCAGUGUUGGCUUGCCGUGGCUUAAAGUGCAUCUGGCCAAUCUGGCUGGCUACGACAAAGCAAGCUUGAAAGAGAGAGAAGAGUUCGCGACCAAGCACAUGGACGACAUCUGUGAUUCAGCAAAAAAUCCACUGGGCGGCAGGCGAUGGUGGCUCAAGGCAGAAGAUCCGUGGCAAUGUCUAGCAACCUGCUUCGAGCUUGAGGCUGCGUUCAACUCUCCGGAUCCGACGCGCUACGUUUCGCAUCUGCCGGUCCACCAGGACGGCACCUGUAACGGCUUGCAGCAUUACGCAGCACUCGGAGGUGAUAAGGCUGGUGCGAGCCAGGUUAAUUUGGAACCCAGCGAUCGACCGCAAGAUGUGUAUACUGCAGUUGCAGAACUCGUCAAGGCCGAGAUCAAACAAGAGGCAGCAGAGGGCAACCCUGCAGCCAAGUUCCUUGAUGGCCACAUCUCUCGCAAGGUAGUCAAGCAGACUGUCAUGACUAAUGUCUACGGUGUCACCUUUGCCGGAGCUCGAGCGCAGGUCCAGGCCCGUCUCAGGGACAUUUUUCCAAAGUUCGAGGAACAGCCAGGGUUUGCCGGCCUCCCUGGUCUUGCAGCCUACAUUGCCCGAAAGAUCUUCGCUGCGCUAGCCUCGAUGUUUGGAGGCGCUCACGACAUUCAGUACUGGUUAGGCGAAUGUGCCACCCGGAUACUCACGUCAUUGAGCGCCGAGCAAAUCGCACUCAUCGUCGCAGAAGCCGAUGGGGCGGCAGCCAGCGCUGACAUAAAGUUCCGGAAAGCACGCAACAAGCUAAAAAAAGGGGGGGUGAACGAUGAUAUCACCCAAUUCAAGAACGGAGUCAUUUGGACAACACCACUAAAGAUGCCAAUCGUUCAACCCUAUCGGAAGACCAAAGUAAGCCAGAUACGAACAAUGAUUCAGAACAUCAGCAUCCGGCAACCCCGCCUCACCGACGCUGUCGAGAAGCGCAAGCAAUUGCAAGCUUUCCCGCCCAACUUCAUCCACUCCCUUGACGCAACCCACAUGCUGCUCUCAGCCCUCAAGUGCAACGAGAUCGGCCUGACCUUCGCCUCCGUGCACGAUUCUUUCUGGACCCACGCCGCCGACGUUCCAGCGAUGAACCGCGUCCUCCGCGACGCUUUCGUGCGGAUGCACUCCGAAGACAUCGUCGGCCGGCUCGCAGCCGAGUUCCAGGCCCGCCACGCCGGAAGCUGGUACAUCACCAGCAUCGUCAGGGCCACCUCAGUCGGCCAGAAGAUCGCUGCCUGGAGGCUUCAGGCGGAGAAGUUGUUGUCGAGUAAGAUGACCUGGUCCAGGGCGGCCAACGCCAAUAUCAAUGAGCUGGUUCUUGAGGUCAAGCGCCGGAAGCUGCUGGACUCUGAGGACCCGGAGGAGAGGAAGCGGGGUGAGGAGAUGGUUACGCCGUGCAGCAUCUUUGAGGCUGAGGCGGGUGAGUCGGCGAUCGCGGAGCCGGCGGGGCUGGGAGAGGUGCUGCUUGGGCAGGUGCAGGCGCAUAAUGCGGAGAAAGUGGACAGCGCGCUUGCGGGUGACUUGGAGCAGGUGGAGGCUGCCGAAGAGGAGAUUGACUCUCCCGCCGAAGAGACUAACGCGGCGGCGGAUGACGACGCUUGCAUCGACUCAAUGGAAGUGGCCGAAGCUACCGAAUCCAGGACUGCCGACGAGCAGUCUGCAACCCCGGAGAAGCCGGCGAAGAAGAAGCAUAGGACGGUGUACAAGGUCCAGGUUUGGAGGCCGAUGUCCUUCCCACCUGUACCGAAGAAGGGAGACUUUGAUGUUUCGAGGCUGAGGGAUAGUCAGUAUUUCUUCUCUUAG